AUGGCCAGCGAUCCAGCUCUCGACAAGAUUGGGAGGGAUAUUCUUGACCUCAUCUUUGAGCUGGUGCACAAUUGCUCACCACGCACUGUCCACGCCAUCUGUCUGUGCAAUUCCGUUCUCUACGAGGCAGCUCGACCGUUCACUAUCCGAGACUGCACAUUGAACCUGAACUCCGACAGUCUACAGACCACUCAGCACCGUAUCACGGCCUGGCUGGAGGAUGCACGCUUGUCGUGGAUCCACACGGCUAUACGAUCUAUCACCAUUCGCGCAGAGCCUGCUUUCCCCUUCGUUCUGAGGAAGAAAUCGAACAAAGGGGAGCUCGAAAAAGAGACCACUUGGACUCCCCUGCUCGCUCUUCUGUCUAAACUCACCAGGCUUGCGGACGUGACCUACGACUGUCCAAUCCCCAUUCCACUCUUACUCCUUGCGUCCCUGCAGGAAUUCCACCCACACGUCCAUCUGCAUAUCCGUCACUGGACGAGAACCACACCAGGGACAUUGGAUGAUGACCCGUCGGAGAUGGCCCUUGCAGAGUCACCAUUGCUUCGCACCUUGCAUGCCAGCGUUGGCCACGGGAUGUGGGGAUGGGACUUCCAAUGGCCAGCCUUCAAACGCAUCGUCGCUCGCUCGCCGGAACUACGCUCUUUCAGGUACACCAGUCGCAGUGUUGGCGGCUGUUGCAUCUACACCUUAACCCAAGAAGAGCGAGAGAAAGAGCAGCGUCUUCGCGCGCGAUUUGACGUAGAACCAAUACGGAAAGCAAUUGAAGACGUGGAGAUCAGUAAUAUGAGUCCGGAGACUGUCACAACUCUGGCGCCCAUCGUUGACUGGACUCGCGUCGAGACGCUGCGCGGGCUAUGCAUUCCGGACGAUCUCCAGACCCUUCCUUGGGAUGCCGGCAUGUUCGCCUCACUCUCGACCGUCCAGCUGGCCUUCGACCGACUCACGGAAACGGAUCUGCCAUCGGCAGAGCGCGAGCGCACUAUCGACAGUGUCAGAGCUUUCCUCAUCGCUCUCCCCUCCCUUCAGUCGCUGUCUGUGCUUAAUCUGCAUGACUUGCGACCGCUGGAAGGUGUCCUGCGACAUCAGGGUCAUCAGAUACGAGCGCUGGACAUUCAUGAAGUGGAAUAUCCUUCAUACUACACUAGUGUCGUCCUUCGACAUGCCUUGACCAUUGACGAGAUCGUCGCCAUCGACGCAUCGUGUCCCUAUCUCGCCGACUUCACCUUCGACCUCGAUGGAUGGCCGACUGACGAGGAUGGGAUAUGCUUGGCGCUUGCGCAAUUCCCCGCCCUGCGCACGCUCACCCUGAACAUCCCUCUCGCCUUCACGGAUCUCCAUGUAUACGUUCGGGAGGACUUGAAGGAUUAUACCAGACGGAACUGCCAGCUAGCGAGGACGCUGUGGUACAGUCUAAAGAAGCUGAAGAAGGGGAGCCCAUUGGAGAAACUGGUGAUCUGCGUGGGCGAACAGGACCGCGAGAUCGGGAAGGGCAGACAAGCGUCGUGGGUAGGGGAGGAGGUGCAAUAUCGGCGACGCUUCGUGCUCAGGCCGCACGAACGCGAUGACAUGUCGGAUGAAGUUGUUCUACAUGUCGAUCCGCGAGACGAUUGA